CGGCGGCGGCAGCGCGCCCCGAGCGAGCAGCGGCCCCAGCGGCCCCGCCAUACCCCGUGCCGCCCCGAGGCGCGGCAGCGGGCUCCCGCGGUGCACGGGACAGGAAUAUCGCCAACGUACGUCACACGCGAUCGUUCCGCGCACAAUUUUCCUGGUCCGCGUUUCGAACAUUUGAACGCGGCGCUGCCCCGGCGCGGCCGCCCCCCCCUGUCCUUCGCCUUGGCGCCGGUUGUUGUCGAACGCGCGCAGGGCGCACAGCUCAGCUGCAGGUAAAGGGCACGGGGCGCGGCGCGCAGGGCCCGCGGGACCCGGGGACCCACAGCAGGGAUGGCGGUGCGCGGGGUCGCGGCGCUGCUGGCGGUGCUGCUGCUGUGCCUGACCGCCACCGAGUCCGAGGCGAAGGCCUCUACGGCGCCCUCGUCGUCGACGUCCUCGUCCGCGCUAUGCAGCAAGUUCCCCAGCUACUGCGACCAGGCCGACGCCGCCGGCCAGGACGACAAGAAGGGCAAGAACCCGCACCAGCGCUUCGCCGAGACCAAAUGGCGGAAGCCCAAGGGAGACGCGGAAAUAAGAGGGCACCUGGCUCCCAAGCGGCCUCUGAAGACGCCGGCGGAGAAUGACAUCGAUGAGUCGGCUGCCCUCCGCGCCGCCACUAUUCGGGAGGCCGAGGAGCGGAUGCGACAGUCGGAGGUCGGUCGGGCCAGGGGCAGCGGGGGCGACGCCGCCGGGGGCGCGGCCGGGCUGACGCAGACCUCCACCUCGGCCUUCGACAAGCGGAGGACGGUGGAGGACGCCCGGCGGAAAGCGCACCUCAUCCAGGAGGCGAGGAGGAAGCGGAGGCAGCGGCUAGAGGAGGAGGAGGAAGAGGAGGACGACGAGGACGAGAUGGUCGUGGAGGUUGAGGAGGACGAAGAGGAGGACGACGAAUCUGACGAGGAUGACGAAGUUGUGGAGGUUGAAGAUGACGACAGCGACGAAGAUGAAGACGUAGACAGCGAAGAGCUAGUCAGUGACGAAGAGGAGGAAGAAGAGGAGGAGUACGUGGAAGAGGGUAAGGACAAAGAAGAGGAGGAAGAGGAGGAGGAGGAGGAACACGAGGAAGAAAGCCACGAGGAGAUCGAACUAUAUGAUGAUGAACCAGAAGAUGAAGAGGAAAAACGCGCCCUAAAGAAGCUCCGUGAGUCUGUACAAAGAAGACGGAAAUGGAAGGAAGAAGAAGCGCGAAUGAAACAGAGGGAGGAGGAACGAAAGAAACUUGAAGAAGAGAAGAAAAAGAAAGAUGACGAUGUUCGAAGACGUAGAAUAGAGGAAAUACGAAAGAAAAAGAGACAGGAGGAAGAGGAGAGGCGUAAGGAAGAGGAGGAAGAGGAGCGCAGAAAAGAAGAGGAAGAGGAAAAGAGGCGCAAACAGGAAGAAGAAGAGGAAGAAAGGCGAAAGAAGGAGAGAGAAGAACGACUUCGAAAAUUAAGAGAAGAAAGGGAGAAAGAAGAACGGCGGCGCCUUGAAGAAAAAAGAGAGAUGGAAGAAAAACGACGCCGAGAGGAAGAAGAGAGAAAGCGAAAAGAGGAGGAAGAGGAGAGGGAAAGACUAGAAGAGGAGAAAAGAAGAAUUGAGAAGGAUGAAGAGGAAAAACGUCAAAAGCUACAGGAAGAAGAACGACAGAGAGAGGAGGAAUUAAAAAGAAAGGAGGAGGAAAAGAAAGAGCUUCAGAGAUUACAUGCAGAGGAGAGAAAAAAGCGGGAGGAAGAGAUUAUACUGAGAGAAGAGCAGGAAAAGAAAUUAGCGGAGGAGAGGCGAAAACGAGAAGAAGAGGAAAGAAAGAGAAGAGAAGCAGAGGAGCGAGAGAGGAAGCUAAAACUAGAGCUAGAGAGGGAGCGCAAGAAAAUGGCAGAGGAACAAGAGAGAGAACGAAAGAGAAGAGAAGAAGAGGAGAGGGAACGUAAAAGGAGAGAGGAAGAGGAGCGAGAGCGAAAGAAAAGAGACGAGGAGGAAAGAAAAUUAAAGUUAGCCGAAGAGGAGAGUCGAAAAAGAAAGCAGGAAGAAGAUGCGAAGAGGAAACGAGAAAUUGAGGAGAAAAGGCUGAAGAAGCAAGAAGAGGAAGACAGAAAAACUAAAGCUGCUGCUGAAGAAGAAAGACAGCAAAAGCUUGCUGAUGAAAAGAGACCAAAGCAACAGGUUUCAAAAACUAAGGGAGAGAAGGGUAACGAGAAGAAAGAUAAGAAACAAUCUUUAAAUGCUGAAAGUGAGGGAGACAACGAGUUUGAUCAGACGUCUUGGAUGUCUGGUUUCCCAGAGUUUUUUGCACCAACUGCAGAUGAUGAUGUGAAAAACGAUGAGUGCAAGAAACACAGUAGAAUAUUUGUCCAGCACCUCGCCAAGUACAAACCGUGGGCACUAAGCAUGUACGACGCGACAGCCAAGCUGCCGUCGGGCGUACUCAGUGGGAACGGUAUCCAGUUGGGUGACUUCGAUGAGUGCCUCGGCGUGGACGUCCGCCUUCGCCAGAGGUCCGCGCCGACCAGUCCCGCCAAGGAGGACGCCGAGGCCGAGGAUGUGGCUGUCGUGGCGAGGGCCAUGUCGUGGUUCGCCGACCUGGUGCGCCCCGUGCUGGAGCCGGUGCUGGGAGCGCGCGAGGACCCCGGGCUAGUGCACAUCCGGGGGCGCUACUGCCUGGCCGGAAUGGACUUGGAGUUGAGGAGGCACGAUCCGGGGGUGCGGGUCGCGCUGGACAGGGCGUUGGCCCAUUCCUUUAUUAAGGGCUCCCUCAACGACUCGGCGCACUUCGUGCCGCGCUUCCGCACGUUGGGCUGGGGCGUGUGCGUGCCCGAGGCGUGCGCGGCGCGCGACGUGGAGGUGGCGCUGCGCGGCGCGGUGGCGCGCUUCCAGCGCAGCGGCGCGUGGGGCGCGGGGCUGGUGCGCGCGCGCCUCGCCGUGCCCGCGGCCGCGUGCCGCGUGGCGCCCCGCGCGCCGCCCCUGCAGCGCCUGCCGCCCUCCUUCCUGCUGGCCACCGGCGCGGCCGCGCUGCUGCUGCUCGUCACCCUGGUGGCCACCGUCAAGGACUCGGGCCACGAGCCGGACGAGCUGAGCGGGCUCUCCGGCGUGUUCUCGUGCUUCAGCCUGCGCCGCAACUGGAGCACCCUCACGGCCCCGGAGGACCCCGGCGCCGACGACAUCCGCUGCAUCCACGGCGUGCGCGGCGCGCUGGACUGGGCCGGCCGGGUGGCGACGCGCGUCGUGCGCCUCACGCCCACCCUGGGCAUCGUGACGGUGGCGUACGCCUACGUCCUGGAGCACAUCGGCACGGGCCCCCUGUGGGGCCAGCUCGUGGAGGAGAACGCGCGCAUCUGCCGAGAGCACAUGUGGCGCAACCUGCUCUACGUGCACAACCUGUGGCCCUUCGAGCAGAUGUGCGCGCCGCACACGCACCAGCUGGCCCUGGACAUGCAGCUGUCGCUGCUGGUACCGCCGCUGGUGUGGCUGCUCGUCAAGGCGUGGCCGCUCGCCACCCCGAUGGUCGUGGCGCUCGUGGGCGCGUCCACCUGGCUGCGGCAGCAGGCCGCCGUGCAGCACAACGUCAGCCUGCUCAUCUACAACGGCGCCAAGCCCUCUGACCUGUACCGGGCGGCUGACGCCUCGUACGUGCAGGCGGGCCACCGCGCCUCCGCCUACGUCAUCGGCGUGGCCCUAGGCUACCUACUGCACCGGGUGCCGCGCAAGCUGCACAUCCCCAAGGUGGUGCUGCUGGCGGGCUGGGCGGUGAGCGCGGCGUUGGCGGGCUGGGCGCUGUUCAGCCAGAGGAACGUGGCCCGGCUGGACUACCGCUUCAACGUGGACGAGGCGGCGCGCUUCAACGCGCUAGCGCCGUUGGCCUGGGCGGCCGCCGUGUCCUGGCUCAUCUUCGCCUGCUACACCAACAACGGCGGCCUGCUAGAUAGAGUCCUGUGCGCGCGACCGCUCGUGCUGCUGAGCAGGAUCUCGUACGCCUUCUACCUCACCCAGUUCCUCGUCUUCUUCUACAACGCGGGGUCGGUGCGGUCACAGCGGGAGUUCAGCGUGCUGGCGGCGCUGGACUUGUGGGAGCUGCUGAUCGUGCUGGCGCUGAGCACGCUCAUCACUUUGCUCGUGGAGCUGCCCAUGCAGAGCAUGCGCUCGGCCUUCGCUAGUGGGAAGCGUCGCCAGAGUCUCAGAUGGGACCCGCCCAGCAGCCCGUCGCCACACGGCGUCGAGAGGGUCGGUGCCGAUGUCCUCGCGCGGUUGGACCUGUUCCGCGAGCUUUGGACCCACGCUCCCUCCGCCGAGUGCAAGAGCGGCCUCCAGGACUUCCUGGAGGCUCGCGAGCGCCUGCUGCUGUGGGCGCUUAAAAUGCAGGAAUCGUCCGUCAUCCUGCCCGACGCCCUACUCUCCGGCAAUAUGUUCAGCCUGGGUAACUUUGAUGCGUGCGCCGCGCUUCCGGCGUCCAUGUUCUGCCUCCCGGACGUGGUGGUGAGGCCCGUGUCUAAAACUGGAGUGCGGGAGCACCCCGGUGACGAGAUCAGCCCGUACGAACCGCCGCACGGGCAAAAUGCUACGCUGUGGGAUUGGUUCAAGAUCUCUGGGAACCGCCGCCGCUACCGGCGCGACCUGAUGCAGUGGGCCGUCUGUCUGCCCGCGGCCUGCCAUCGGGACGCCGGUCCCGGGCGGCUUGGAGACGCGCUGGCCGCCUCGAUCGACGGCCUGGCCAAGAAACUGGGCGUAGAGCUGCUCCUCCGCCUGAAUCCCAACGACUGCACCGACUUCACCGCCCGGGGCAGUAUCUUCGAGGAGUUCUUCCGCAGGCUGCAGGAGCGGCCGCUCUUCCUCUACGGCAGCGUCUUCAUCCUCUCCUUCCCCCUCGCGGUGCUCGUGGCCUCGGUGCGCGCGGCCUGCCGCGGGCCCGACGCUCACAGCCAGACCACCCUGGACAAGCCGAGCCUCACUUCUCCAACGUACAAACUGGACUGCUUCGCCAUCCAGGCGAACUGGUGCCGCCUGCGCCGCAAGCAGCAGUCUCAAAUCCACUCUAUCCAGGGCCUGCGCACCAUAACCAUGUUCAUGAUCAUCUUCGGACACCGGGCCAUGUACCUGUUCGGCGGGCCGCUCUCCAACCCGGAGUACGUCGAGAACUCGUUCACCAGGGCGCUAAAGAUGUCGAUCAUCAACGGGACCGUGAUCGUGUCCACGUUCUUCGUUAUCAGCGGCUUCCUGGAGGCGCGCCUUUCCAUGAUCCACAUCGGCAAGCUGCGCCGCUACAACCUGAUGGUGGUGAUGCAGCACUACGUGAUCCGCUACCUGCGGCUUCUGCCGGCGCUGGCCGUGGUGCUCGCCGUGGAGGUCCUCUGGGUGGAGUUCAUGGGAGACGGGCCGAUGUGGGACCAGGUGGUGGGCCAGGCGUCGCGGGACUGCAAGGCCAACUGGUGGGCGCACCUACUCUUCGUCAACAACUACGUUAGCCCCGAUUCGCGGUGCAUGAUCCAGACGUGGUUCGCGUCCGCCGUGCUGCAGCUGUACGUGGCCACGCCUAGGGAUGUAUUUUUACGGUAA